AUGGCCCAGCCGCUGCGCCCGCCGCUCCCCGAGUCCUGGAUCUCGUCCGCGGACUGGGGCCGACCUCGGCUGCCACCGCCCUCCAACAGGGACCGCGGCUGCUCCCCCGCCUCGUCCCCAGACUCUUGGGGCAGCGCCCCGGCCGGCAAACGGGUGCCAAACCCCAUGCGGCCCGCGGCCCUCCCGGGCCCCCGCAUCCCGGGCCCCGGCAGGCGCGGCCGUCUGGGCUGCGGGCAGCGGCAAAGCGCCAGCGAGCGCGAGAAGCUGCGCAUGCGCACGCUCGCCCGCGCCCUGCACGAGCUGCGCCGCUUUCUGCCGCCGUCCGUGGCGCCCGCCGGCCAGAGCCUCACCAAGAUCGAGACGCUGCGCCUGGCCAUCCGCUACAUCGGCCACCUGUCGGCCGUGCUGGGCCUCAGCGAGGAGAGCCUGCAGCGCCGGCGCCGGCGGCGCAGCAACGUGGCGUCCCCGCGGGGCUGCCCGCUCUGCCCCGACGGCGGCCCCGCGCAGGCGCAGACGCAGGUGCAGGUGCAGGUGCGCGGCCCGGGCCUGGGCUCAGCCGCCCACGCCGGGGAGUCCUGGGGGUCCCCACCCGCCUGCCCUGGAGCCCGAGUCAUGCUCGAGACGCCCGACCCGCUGAUGCUGUACGCUGAGGCUGCACGUCCCGAAUGGCAGGCGACGGAGCUGAGCCCCUCCUCUCCGCCCUUUUCUGGCGACGUGCUGGCCCUGUGGGAGACCUGGACGCCCCUCUCGCCUCUGGAGUGGCUGCCGGCCUGAGGAACCCUCGUGACAAUGGACAGCUGGGGCCCUGUCUGGGAGCACCGAAGCUUUUUGGCUUCAGCACCUUCGAAAUGGUUCCUCUCCAGACUGCCUCUCUUGGAAGAGGGCACCAGUGAUACUGGCAUGGACAUUCCUGCAGGUGACAGCCUGUCCCCAUCCAGGACAGCCCUCCCCAGCCCCUCCCUCAAUGGGGGGACCCAUAGGGUAGACACUUGAAGCAGGCAGGAGUCUGUGCCUAGUGUGAAUUUAUUUAUUUAUGAAUAAACAA